AACUGGUUACUUUUAUAGUGGAGUAAUUCAGUUACUAACUCUUACUUUUUGUGAGAAGUAACUAUAACUAAUUACUUUUUAAAAGGAACGUGCCCAACACUGAGUAUGACAUAUGAACUGAAGUGGACCGAAAAUGAAGAAAUCCCCUGAAGGAGAUAAUAAUGAACAUAAAGCCUCCAGUCACAGGCGUCAGAUUUCUAUCAUGUUUGAAAGCACAAAGCCUCAUGGUUCACGUGGGAACCAUUUCAGGAUACCAAUACCACCCUGCCUCCGUAUAACAGCAGCAGCAACAGAAGUGGUUCCUUAUUUUAUAAGUAAGAACGUUCACACAGCAAAACUAGCAAACUCUCGCUGAAUUGCUGUUUUCACCCAAAUCCGGUGAACAAAAUUCUUUUCAUACCUGCUUCUACUAUGUCAAAAACCGUUUAUUGUCCCUGGCUCCCAACAUGCCGCAGGAAGGGUUUCUACCUAUGAUUUAACGCAGUGUCUUCCAAGGGUUAAAAACUGUACAUCCAGAUCCGUGUAUGAGUUUAACUGCGUUUAGUUGUUAUUGGUGCCACAUAAAUGAAAGCAGCCUGAUCAUAAAAUUGAAUGUUCCAUUGUAAAAAAAAAAAAUCCUGUCAUGAAAAAAAAAGAAUUGCUUAACAGAGGUUCCUCUUUCAUAAUCAAUUGUUCUCAGUAUAUUCAACCUUCCCACUCCCUGUGUGUGUGUGUGUGUUUUUUUUUUAUUACCCUGCCUUACCUUGGAAUACAGUGAGACAAUUUAUAGGAAACUGAAACUGAAAGUGCUUAGAUCACUGCGCAAAAAAUGGGUGGAGAGAAAAGAAGCAGAAAAAGAAUUGCAGGCAAAGGAACCCUCUUCACUCUGGAUUUCAUCAGAGCAGACACGUUAUGAUGCAAUGCCACCGAGAUCAGGACGCUCUCAUCCCUCGGCCUCGGGGGAGUUUGCCCAGGGGAUGUGCUGCAGCGCUCGUUGCCAUAACAGUGGGAGGCAUGAUGCUUUUGUCUCCUGAAAGGUUAUUUGGCUGGGUUGCCAUAGCAAUGCUUACCCUGACCCUUGGCCCUCUGCUGCACGGGCUCUUUCUGCUGCUGGAGGAGUGGCUGCACCACUCCAACACAAGGUAUCGAGGCCGAACGGUGCUGAGCCACAUGCUGCCAGCCUGUGGGCUUGGGUGGAAGACCCUGCUGACUGCGAGCCUGGCCUGCCUCCUGCUGUACCUGGCUGGACACCCUCUGCCACACAAAGGCCAGUGCUGGGAACUCCUUCUCCUGGUCCCUGUUCUAUACACGCUGUUCAAAAGCCUGGGAGUCCUGGGUCCAUCACAGGUGGAGGUGUCAGACAUCUGCGAGGGGAGGAAGAUGGUCGUGGCCCACGGCCUGGCCUGGUCCUUCUACGUGGGCUACCUCCAACUGGUGCUGCCAUGUUUGGAGGAAUCCAUCGCAAAAUUUCGCGCCACACACCAAUGCAGCAACACCUCCUGGGGCCACGGCUCCAGGAAGCUCCUCAUCCUCGUCCCCCUCAACGCCAACAUCUCGCACAAGCUGGUGGACGAGGACAGCAACAUCCGUUUCUAUGACAACCUCCCAAACAACGAGAUAGACAGAGCGGGAGUCCGGGGGCGGGUCUAUAAACACAGUGUCUACAGUGUACUGGACGAGGAUGGGAAGGCCCAUGAGUGUGUGGCGGAGUACGCAACACCUCUGCUGACGCUCUACAGGAUGUCCCAGGAGAGCAGCGCUGGUUUCGGGGAGACUGAGCGCAGAGAGCAGGUCCUGCUCUUCUUCAGGACGCUGCAGGACAUCCUGGAGCACUCUCUGGAGUGUCGCAACCGCUACAAACUCAUCCUGCUCAAUGAUGAGCACGAGAACGACCCUCACUACCUGUCCAAGGCCAUCCUCAGACACUUGGACCAGCAGCAGAAAGAGGAGUUCUGUCUCACCCCACCUCCUCACCAAGAGGUGGCGCGCCCGUUCCCCAACGCUCCGAACGGCCUGCCGACCCCGGUGCACGUCAACGGCGACUGGCACCGCCCGGAGCCAAUGAGCAGGGAGCCCACGCUCAUGUUCAGCCUGGAGCCACCGCUGCCUCUGAGGGAGCCUGUGGAGGACACGCACAGUUUCCGCUGAGAAUCAUAAGCUCGGACACAGAGAGAGACACAACAAUACGUACUCUGCCUGACCAACGAUCACUGGGUUCCUCUAAUGUUUUACUAUUCUUUUGCAGACUGACAGAUUAGGGAUAGAAAACUAUUAGUAAUCUCUUGACACUUUUAGAUUUUUUUUUAAAAAACUUUUUAGAGACUUUUAUAGAUGUCAAAAUAUGCUGGUGUGUGAGGUUAUUUGACAAAUGCGCACAUUUCCUUAGAAGAAGAGAACCAACCUGUGACAAGAGACACCAAGUUUGGUCACUGACGGCACAAUUAGCACAGAGUAGAAUACAUUACUGUCAAACUGAUCAAUACUAAUGGCAAUUUCACUGCCUGGCUACUAUAUUCAGAGAACGUCCUGGCCCUAAACUGGAGGGAAGAGUAGAUUAGUGCAGUUGAAGACGCUGGAUAAACUGUGCACCUUUCUCCUUUGGGGAACAGGACGUAAUUAAUUAACCUUCUGGAGCAGAGCAAAGGUUGCGCGACAUCCUCUUAUUGCUACCUUUUUUCAUACGGCAGCCUGAUCUCUGCGGUGUCUUUUUAAUUCAAUUUUUUUUUUUUUAAAACACUCAGUGAUCUUUUUUAAAGCUACAGCAGUGAAUUAAUGUGACAAUGCAUGCAAAAGCAGGCACAAACUCUUCUUGAAUAAUAAAGAAAACGAUCAUUUCACUUCAUGUAAAUGGUUAAAAAAAAAUAUGCAAAAAUAAAAAUAAUGUUUAGCAAAAAUGGCAAGAGUGAGUAUCUGGGAGAGGAUAACUACGCAAGCACGGGCGGCAGGACGGCUGAAAUGAACACAGCGCGUUUGACAAAGAAGAAAGAGAAGGAAGAGAGAGAUGUGUUUUAUGGCUGUCCAAACAAAAGGAGCUGUCACAAGACACCUGGCGCGGAGCUUGUUUAUCUGA